CGAGUGUAGCAUAACUUUCUUUCCACAAAAACGAAGGGCGUGACAAAAAGAAUUAUUAUAUUAAAAAAUACAAAAGCUAAAAUAGUUUUCAAUCCAUGUUUUGGUAAUUAUUAUUUUUUGAAUGUUUCCUUCACUUUUCUUUUCAUUUCAUUAUUUUUUUCUCAGUUUCCAAACACAGUUAGCACAGAUUCAUAAUUUCACAUUCGCGCAACAGAAAUAAACGUAAAAUAAAACGCCCCUCUGCAACACACGGAAUUUCAGUCAAUUUCUCUAUUUAAGAUUUGAGUUUGCAGAUCCUGUGCGCACAACAGCCUCAUGACUUCGUCUGUGCAUGAUCUUUCUGAUAAUAAUGAAGUUAAUGAGCAGCAAAAAGAAUCAGAGUCCCAGGACCAGUCCUCAUCUCCUCCAACAGGACUUUCUCACUCGGCCAUGACAACCCCAAACGUCCCAUACACGACGCCUCAACAUGCUGUGGCACCAGCUGCUUACCCCUAUCCAGAUCCCUAUUAUAGAAGCAUCUUUGCUCCCUAUGAUGCACAACCAUAUCCUCCACAGCCCUACGGUGGUCAACCUAUGGUCCAUCUUCAGUUGAUGGGUAUUCAGCAAGCUGGAGUUCCUUUGCCAUCUGAUGCAGUUGAGGAGCCUGUGUUUGUGAAUGCAAAACAAUAUCAUGGCAUCUUGCGGCGUCGACAAUCUCGUGCAAAAGCUGAAUCAGAGAAUAAAGUUCUCAAGUCUCGGAAACCAUACUUGCAUGAAUCCCGUCAUUUGCAUGCAUUGAGAAGGGCUAGAGGAUCUGGGGGCCGGUUUCUCAAUGCAAAGAAAAAUGGAAACAAACAGAAUGAUGCAGCAUCAGGUGAUAAAUCACAGUCCGAUAUCAAUCUGAACUCUGAUAAAAAUGAGGUAAAUUCCGCAGAGGGCACAUCUUGAGAUUUUGGAAGCAGUUGCUGAUAUAUACAAUGGGCUUAUUACCACAAAGCCAGAGAACAUAGGUUCGACACCAACCAUUCUAGUGCUGUACUUACAAGUCAGUAAUGUGUAUAGAUUUUCAAGUAAUAGGCAGGACCAUAGGGAGGUUGCGUAAAUGAAGCAAGGUAGAGUGUUGUUCAAGUGCAUUGAUAGUUCUCCUGCACAUUUUUUUCCUGAGUGACUGAUAGGAAGUUUGCUCUGUGGAUUUAAAUGUUGUGAUAGGUUGGAGUCUUUCAAACGAAAAACUGGAGUCAGGUUAAUUUGUUUUUCAAUAGUUUAGUGAGGGUUAGAUCUUGUUGCAGUGUAGUAUUAGCCCCAUGUCCAUUAGCUAUUCUUAUCAACUUGGAUAAUAAUUUGAGAUGGUUUAAUUCGAUUUGUAAUGUGUUGUAUGUUUAUGUCUUGGCAUGGUUGGCUUGGCUUAGAGUGAAUGGAAGUUGUUGUCCUUGCCACCAA